AUGGAAAGCAGAGAGGAGAUGGUGAUGCUUGCGGAGGGAGGUCAGCUGAGCAAGAGCGGCUCCAAUUUGCCGGAUGCAGUCGGGAGCCCUGAGCUGAGAGACCAGCAGGGGAAGCCGGGCCACAGGGGCUGUCUGAGCCCGGGUGCUGCGCCCUACUCCCGGGAUAGGACAGAAGGGAUGGUGGAGGAGAAUGCCCGGAGGAAUUUGUGUGCAGAUAUGAGGCCGGUUGGCUCGUCUUCCUCCGGUAACAGACACCGGACUGAUCAUCUCCACAAAGACGGCAGCAGCUCAGACACCGAGUCGGACUUCUACGAGGAAAUUGAUGUGAGCUGCACGCCUGAAAGCAUGGACUUCCCAACUGCUAGAGGUCGGAAUGGGGAUUCUCCAGGUCACCCAAAUGAGACCAGUCCUGACCCGGGUAAGAUGGUCCCGGGUCAAGGCUCCCUGUCUUACUCAGCGGAUCAGAUUCGUCGGUACCGGACAGCGUUCACCCGGGAGCAGAUCGGCCGGCUGGAGAAGGAGUUUUACCGCGAAAACUACGUGUCCAGGCCGCGAAGAUGCGAACUGGCGGCCGCCUUGAAUCUACCUGAAACCACCAUCAAGGUGUGGUUUCAGAACCGCAGGAUUAAGACAAAACGCCAGCGUCUGGCCAUGACGUGGCCUCACCCUGCAGACACGGCCUUCUACACCUACAUGAUGAGCCACGCGGCCGGCCACGGGGAACUGCCCCUACCACUCCCAACGCACCUGCCGCUGCCUUACUACUCACACCUGGGUGUCGGUGCUGGCUCUGCUCCUACAGCCACCCCUUUCUCCAACCCCUGCGUUCCCUGGACAGUUUCCCGCAUGCUGUCUCACCCCUACCAGAGGCCGGAGCUGCUGUGCGCAUUCAGACACCCCUCCCUGUACCCUGGACCUCCCCACGGCCUCGGUCCCGGAGGUAGCCCUGUUUCCUGUCUGGCCUGUCACUCCAGUCAAUCUAACGGAAUCUCAACCAGGCCCUCUGGACCAGACUUCGCGUGCUCUCCAACCAGCAGGACUGACGCUUUUGUCACUUUUACGCCUUCAGUGCUCAGCAAACCCUCACCUGUGACGUUAGACCAGAGGGAGGAGGUGCCUCUGACCAGAUAAACCAAAACUCUUCCUUUAAAAAAAGCCUUUACCAUAAGCUUUUAAACCUAACACAUUCUAGAACCAGAAUUGAAACAGCAUGAAGAGGUAGCCUGUAAGCAGUGAAACCAUCUUAAACUUCGGGCAAGACAAUUAGCCAGAACUUGAGCUAUGUGACGCACAACGGAUCUCCCAUUACUGACUAAUAAUAAUCCCAUUGCAGAGUCAAGACAACCGGCUGAAAUAUGACCGCAUGGACACAAAAGCAGAUUUGAUUUUUAGAAGAUUGAUUUGACUUUCGAGAGGAAGGGGUCUUGAGAAACGUUUAAAUCUCCGUGAUGGAUGGCAUUGGGGUUUUUAUCAUUACUUGUCGCCCAAAUCGUCCUACAUGUAUUGUUAGUUACGCAAGGCUGAUGCUUUCCAUCUCUCUUUUUAACAAGGAGGAUUUGUUACAGACUGGGGCCGUCUCAUUAUGAAGCAGCUCUCCACACCCGGGGCCCACACGGCGGCGGAAGCUUGGUCUGAAAUGUGCAGAUGCUGGGGAAAAUUAACAGAGUGAUGUAUAUGUACGAGCCGGUGAAUUUUGAGUGUUGAAUUAAUGAUAAUUACCAGGAAGGGAUCGUUACUGCCAAAAGGUAACAAGGCGCCAGGGGAACGGAUUACUCCAGCCCGCACGGUGUGACGAAGGAGGGGGAAGAAGUGAGGAGGAAGGAGGAGGAGGAUGGAGAGAUAGAGGGAGGACAAUCAAGAUGGGGAAAAAAUGAAAUUAAACAUGAAAACUCCUUCAGUUUGCUCUCUUGUCGACAUGAAAGCCAGUUAUCGAUUCAAAUGUGAUUAAUAUAUGACGUUAAGCCUAUUUUAGAAUAUUAUUCAAGAAGCAGUUGCACCUGAUUAUGGAAAAGGGACUGAAAAGUGACUGUUUUUGUUUUCGUUGACUUUUAUUUUCUUGUUGAUUUUUUUUCCUUUUUUUUGCCUGGGUUGUCUUCAACGUCUAAUUUGCAAUAA